UGAUGACAUCCCGUCCUCAUCGAGCAUAUCAGCGUCUCUUUAUCGCGUUGACGAUGCUAGUUGCUGUCGAAUAUCGCAAUUGUUGAAUGCCGUUGAAGGAUGUAUCAGGAUUGAUUACUGUGACGUUCAACUGAGACAGCAAACGCUGUAACCGUAAACAUGGUUGGCCGAGGCGGCCGGCUACCAUUCGCGUAUCGAAGAGGACCGGUGACGAUAUUCAGCGCGAUAAUAUACAUCUCCCUUCUCACAGCUCUCCUGGUUAUACACAAUACCGUUCCGUCCGCUCAUAACGAUUACAUUCCAGAGGAGAUUAGCCUGGAUGAAGCGUGGCAUGAUCUUCAGCGCCUGACCAAGAGUUUCCAUCCGUACAAUAGCCAUGCAAACGAUGAUGUACGGAACUGGCUCCUUCUCCGCAUCGAAGAAAUUCUCGGGAAUGGCAAAGGUCCGUCGGCCAGAGUCUCGGAAGACUUCGCUACCGUGGAAAAUGAUCUUUCUUCCAACGUGACUUCUAGUUCUCAGGGUUUGAGCGUGUACUUUGAAGGUACCAAUAUCAUGGUGCACGUUAAAGGCACGCCGGAAUUCAGCCACCUUGGGGCGGUCCUCGUCAAUGCCCACUACGACAGCGUAUCUACGGGAUACGGUGCCACUGAUGACGGGGUGGGUGUGGUCUCCAUCCUUCAACUAAUCAAGUAUUUCACGACGGGAAAGCAUCGCCCUAGGCGAGACAUCAUAUUUCUGCUCAAUAAUGGUGAAGAAGACUUCCUGAACGGUGCUCGGGUGUUCAUGCAACACCCAAUAUCCUCGCUCCCCCGUACCUUUCUCAAUCUUGAAGGGGCCGGAGCGGGAGGUCGAGCAGUACUUUUCAGAAGUACUGAUACCGAAGUGACGAAGUUCUACAAGGCUGCUGGGCAUCCAUACGGGUCGGUCCUCACAGGAGAUGGCUUCCAAAUGGGCCUAGUCCGCAGUCAGACAGACUAUGUCGUUUUCAAUGGCGAUCUCGGCCUCCGUGGCUUGGAUGUCGCAUUCUUGGAACCUCGUGCACGGUAUCAUACGUCUGAAGACUCAACCAGGUACACUUCGAUUGACUCUGUCUGGCACAUGCUGUCAGCUGCCAUAGCAACUGUUGAAGGCCUUGCGCUCGAUAAGAGUGAGGAAUACCAAGGCCGUGUUUCCAACGAUAAACGAAUCGUGGAUAAUGGUGGUAGUCGUGCCGUCUGGUUCGACAUGUUCGGACAAGCGUUCGCACUUUUCAAAUUGCGGACAAUGUUCAUAAUCUCCAUCUUGUUACUUGUCCUGGCACCUCUAUUCCUCAUCAUUCUCACCGUGGUUCUGGUGCGUCAAGACAAAUGGUACCUUUUCGAUGGCCGAGUUGUUACUAUCAACUACGAUGCCGGACCCGACGAAGGCCAGCUGCCACAAAAGUACAAGAUGAAGGGGUUAUACGGACUUUGGCGCUUUCCCGUGACGACCAUCGUGUCGGUUGGCCUAUUGGCUGGGUUUGUGCAACUGACAAUCCGAGUUAAUCCUCUGAUUGUGUAUUGCAGCCCAUAUGUUGUGUGGAGCGAAUUCCUAUCCCUGUUCUUUAUCUUUUUCUGGUUCCUUUAUAGGAGCGCUGAUUUCACGCGGCCGUCGGCUCUUGUCCGUGUGUAUUCAUUAAUUUGGCUCUUCAUCUUGUCCUGGGUCGGUCUCGUUCUCGUUACCGUUUCGGAGAACAACUAUCAACUCGCUGGAGGCUACUUUAUAUUGUUCUACUUUACUUCGAUCUUCGUGGCAACAGCUAUAUCGUUCUUGGAGAUGCUGGUCCUCAUGAAAAAGCGCGUCUACCUUGAGGACCUCCCUCGGCUGAGAUGGUGGCACAAGCAAAAUCACAAGGAUGACGACGAGUCUGAUGACACUCGUCCAUCGUCCCAUAACAGACAAGCAGAGGACAAUCAAGAUGCAACCGAAUCUUCUGCUUUACUUCAGUCGUCGACAUCCUUCCAGGGGUACGGCUCACGACGACGCUCAAGGGAUGAGGGUAAUGCCGAGGAGCUUGAGAAAGAGGAGGGGAAAUUCGACUACUUUGGAGAAGAACAGCAUUGGAGUGGGAUGCUGCCCAAGUGGACAUGGGUCUUACAGAUCCUAGUCUUGGCUCCGAUCAACAUCAUCUUGGUCGGCCAAAUCGGACUGCUGAUUACAUCUGCUCUGCGCCAAACGCCUGCGGAUGGAAGCAGCGUUGCCGCAGCCUAUGUAGUCAUUGCCGCGUUUUCUAUCCUUAUUGUUCUCCCUCUAACCCCUUUCAUUCAUCGAUUUACCUACCAUAUCCCCACUCUGUUGUUGGCUGUUGCCGUCGGAACGGCCUUGUAUAACCAAUUGGCUUUCCCAUUCGACCAAGGAAAUCGACUUAAAGUCUUCUUCCGGCAGGAUCUCGACCUGGACACUGGAGUCAACCGUGUCUCAAUCACAGGACGCAGUGACUAUAUCCAUUCCGUCAUCGAUUCACUCCCCUCCUCCAGAUCGAUGCAAGUCACAUGCAAUCCUCCGCCACAAGAAAAUCGUUACGGACUACUUGACUGCUCCUGGCAGGGACUUCCCCCCGCGGUGGUCCCCCGAGAUCCCUCCGUCCUGCCCGAGAAGAGCUAUAUCGAUUAUAUGCACUUGGACGUGGUUCGCAGCAACCUCUCAUCCGAAGGAACCAUCACGAUCUCCGGAAAUAACUCUCGCGCUUGCAAGUUAUUCUUCGACCCGCCCUUAUCCGACUUCAAGAUCGUGGAUCCCCCGAAUGCGGCAGAAGAUCCCCGAUUCAAGCCUGUUGGGCCCGAUGGGGUCAAGGAACUUCGCAUGUGGAGCCGUGAAUGGGAACGCGGUUGGAAGGUGUGGGUGAAAUGGGGGAAGGAAGGGGGGCUCGAUGGCAGAGCUGUAUGCGCAUGGAGUGAUCAGAAUGAUCCAGAAGCCAUUCCGGCGCUCACUGAAGUGCGGAGAUAUGCGCCUCAUUGGGUCACGGUCAGCAAGACGACUGAUGGGCUUGUUGAGGGGUUGAAGAGGUUCAAAAUGUAGCUAAGUACAUGUCAUACCUGGUUUCUAGAACACUUCCUUUCUUAGAGCCCUGGUUUGGGACCUUUAAAUGAUGCGUGGAUAAAAGGAAUCGACCCCAUGGAGGUCAUUCACUAUUCACGAGGCGUUGGUAACAA